GUGCUGUGAGUUUGAGUUGCGAUCCUCCUCUUCCUCACACAGAGCUCAACCUGCCGACACUGUGCACAGACACGCACAAAGGAAAUAUCUCUCAUUCCACCGGACCGAACCGAACCGAACCGGAGUGGAUCCGGAUCGGGCAACAGGAGGAUCUCAAACACAGUCCAGCUGGAUGUUGCAUCGCGCUUUCCGUGGUGCUGAAAUGAUCUGAUCUCAUCCCAGUCAUCAUCAUCAUCAUCAUCUGCACAGGCUGUUUACUGCACUGCUAAUGUGGGAUGGCAUGAAUAUGGGACUUUCAUGAAUUAUUCUCCGCUCUGAAAGCGGCCCAGACUCCCUUCAGCAGGUGUGUGUCUCUCGUUCUGAGCUGUGAUGCUCUUGGUGGAUAUUCUUCGCGGUCGGAGGAGGUUACGGGGGUCCGUCUGUAAGCCGCCCUGCUCUUUCUGGUUUCUGCUGCUGUUUGGGGUCGGAGGACUCGUUCUCUUCAUCCACCUGCAGGAUCUGCCUGAUAUGGUGCUUCAACAGGCUCCAGCAGGUGUGAGGUUCAGAGGAAGCACUCUGUCCAGGCAGGAGCAGUGCGCUCAGUUCAGUGACCGAGUCAACCAGCGAUCAGAGGAGGGCGACAUCGACCCCAUCUCACCAAUGCAGCUUCCAGAUUCCCAAUGGGAACGAGACUCGGCCACACCGGGGUCCCGGGAGCACGACCCGAGCCCUCAACAGGUCACCAAACGCCACCGGAAACUAUUAAAGACCAGCCCUGUGCUGAGACCCAACUCAUCAUCUCCAUCACGCGUCCAGGAGUCCCGUCGGCGGAUCAUACGGGACGUCUGCGGGAAAUACCGGAGUAAUAUUUCACGGACGAUAACGCCACAUCACGUCUCGCGGAUUUACGUGGAGGACCGACACAAACUGCUGUACUGCGAGGUGCCUAAAGCCGGAUGCUCCAACUGGAAGAGAAUCCUGAUGGUUUUAGCCGGCGUCGCCAACUCGACGCGAGAAAUCAAUCACGUGGCCGUUCAUUACGACAAUCACCUGAAACGCCUGGACAGCUUCGACCAUCAAGGCAUCACGAGUCGUUUAGAGACGUACACCAAAGUCGUCUUCGUCCGAGAGCCGAUGGAGCGACUGGUGUCUGCGUUCAGGGACAAAUUCGAGAGUCCUAAUUCCUACUACCAUCCUGUCUUCGGAAAGCCCAUCAUCUCCAAAUACAGGGUGAAUGCAUCGCAGACGGCUUUGAAGACGGGAAGCGGCGUGACCUUUCGAGAGUUCAUGCACUAUCUUUUAGACGUGCAUCGUCCCGUGGGAAUGGACAUCCAUUGGGAAGCGGCCAACCAGCUUUGUAGCCCCUGCCAUCUUCACUACGACUUCAUCGGGAAAGUCGAGACCUUGGAAGAAGACGCCAACUUUCUUUUACGAAAGAUCGGUGCGCCGGAGAACCUGUCGUACCCCUCGUUCAAAGACGGGAACCCCAAAGCGGCCAGAACUUCCACUCAGAUCACACAGCAUUAUUUCUCGCAGCUGAACGCGUCUGAGCGCCAGCGGGCGUAUGACUUCUACUACAUGGACUACUUGAUGUUUAACUACUCCAAACCUUAUAAAGACCUGUACUGACGCUCGUGCUUUAACCCCUGGUUACCUGUCCGUCGUCUGAUCAGUGCUUCACAGACUAAUUACACUAAUCCAUAAUUACACAAACUCAGCCAUCAAUAACCCGCAGCACAUCACUCAUUUACAUAAAUGUGUCCUAACCAGAACAGAAUAAAUGUUCAUGUUAAUUUCAAAACUCACAGACAACUAUCAAAUGUUUAUUACACAGAUACACUACCAUUAAGAGUUUGGGCUCAAAAAGAUUUUUUUAAAAUAUACGUUUAUUCAUAAAAAUUGAUUUUAAAAAGACAUUUCUUUCAAAUAAAUGCUGUUCUUUUGA